UUUCAAGAAUUUUCCAAGAAUUCUUAUUGAUAUGGAAAAGAAAAUCCGUCAAAAAAAAAAAAUUCGAAUGUCAAUUUCGACCCAACCAAUCAACCAACCGGUUAAAGUGAAUAUAGUGAUUUGUGUUUUUUUUCAUGUUUUCAAAGUUUUUUUUUCAAUUUUUCAAAUUUUCAUCAUUCAAUAAUGGAUUUUAAUCAAAUUCCGUUUAAAUUAAGAUUUAAUCAUUCAUAUAAAUUAUUUAAUGAAAUUAAUGAUUAUAUGAUAAAAUUGGAUAAAAUUGUACGAAGAAAUUUAUUACAAAUAAAGGUGAAACAACGUAUUCAAUUUAUUUUAGAGGAAAAUUUUUCCCACCUAGGUAGUACAUUGAAAAUUGUACAAAAUUAUCUAAAAUCAUCGGAAUGUCAGAUCGAACCGAAUUUAUCAAUGAUAUUGAUCAAACAAUUGGAUGAAAAAUUAAAACAAUUUCAAGAAGAUCAAAAAGAAUAUAUGUUAUUGAAGAAUGUAAAAAAUGUUAAAGUUUCAGUCAAACCAAUUCCUCGAUGUUGGAAAUGUUUAACAUGGAAACAAAUGGAUGAAAAAAUAUCUAUGGAUAAUGUUCCUGAUUCAUCAUUGAAACCAAAAAAUCCAUUCUGUGAAUCAAACAAUAUUUAUGAAAAACUAUAUAAUAAUGAUUCAAAUGAUCAAUAUGUGCACCUUGAUCAUUUGCUUCGUUUAUUUCGAAAACAAAAUGAACAUCAUAAACAAAAAAUUAUUCUACUUGAUGAAACAAUAAUCACUUUAUUUAAUAAUCUACGUGAAUAUAUGAAAACAUUACUUAAAGUGAAAAUUUAUUUAGAUCAACAACAACAACAACAGAAUUUUGAUCACGAAAAUGCCGAAACAAAAUCAAUAAAAUUGGCUAUUGAAAAUUUGUUUAUGAUCGACGAUAAAAUUGAUUUUUUCUCCACAUCAUCGGAUGCAUUUGAAUUGAACAGUUCAAGCAUUUGUCUAAGACUUGAAUUGAAAAAUCCCGUUAAAAACUAAAACUAAAAUCAAAAUUAAAAUUUAUUUAAUUAUUGCAA